AUGCUUAAGAGGCUUUACAAUGGCAGAAGGGCUCAAUGUGAUAGAUUGAAAAAGCAAAUACUCACAUGCAUGUUCAGCAAGAGUUGAAGGAUGUCAAGCUUUGGCAGGUUCAUACACUUGUGAAAGGGCUGGAAAAGAUUGCUGCUAGUGCUGAUAUUCCAAUGUUGGUGUGUGGUGAUUUUAAUUCAAUACCCGGAAGUGCUACUCAUUCUCUCCUUGCAGCAGGGAAAGUUGAUCCAAUGCAUCCAGAUCUCCAAGUUGACCCUCUCGGUAUUCUGCGCCCAGUUACCAAGUUAGCACAUCAUCUUCCAUUGGUAAGCGCUUACUCUGCCAUUGGUAGACUUGGGGUAGGCCUUGGGUUUGAGCAACAGAAAAGACGAAUUGAUCCCACCACCAAUGAACCCCUAUUCACAAAUUACACUAGGGACUUUAUUGGUACCCAUGACUACAUAUUCUACUCAGCGGACUCUCUAACAAUAGAAUCCUUAUUGGAGCUGUUGGACGAGAAUAGCUUGAGAAAAGACACAGCACUUCCUUCUCCAGAGUGGUCAUCAGAUCAUAUAGCACUCUUAGCUGAGUUUCGAUGCAAGUCUCGAACCAAACACUCACUAGGAAUUGGUUUUCCCGGAGAAAAAAAAAAGAUAAAAAAGAGCGCAGGAACAAGUAGUAAGGAAUAAUUAAAGGUCAAAUUAUUUGUAUUAUGGCAUUCUAUACCAUGUCCCAUAGAAAAAAUUAUUUUGAUGUCUUUAAUGUCCUGUCAAAACUAUUAAAAAACAGUGGGAGUAUAU